CUACCCAAACGACACCGUUUCACCACCACCACCAACAACUUACAAAUUCAGUCACACCCCCUCCCUCACAUACCUGAACCGCAUCAUUUUCAACCUCCACACUUACGGAAAGAGGGAGAGAGAUAGAGAUAGGAACGAGAGCGAGAGAGAGCGAGAGAGAUGAGUACAUACAACUACGUAGUGACGGCGCACAAGCCGACGAAUGUUACACACUCAUGCGUCGGAAACUUCACUAGUCCUCAAGAGCUCAAUCUCAUCAUUGCAAAAUGCACUCGGAUUGAGAUUCAUUUACUUACUGCGCAAGGUCUGCAGCCCAUGUUGGACGUGCCGAUAUAUGGAAGAAUCGCAACUCUAGAACUUUUUCGCCCUCAUGGUGAAACUCAAGAUCUUCUAUUCAUUGCUACAGAAAGGUAUAAAUUUUGCGUACUUCAGUGGGAUCCAGAGGCAGGUGAAGUUAUUACGAGGGCAAUGGGGGAUGUCUCCGAUCGUAUAGGGCGUCCUACGGACAAUGGUCAGAUUGGUAUAAUUGAUCCAGAUUGCAGACUAAUUGGACUGCACCUGUAUGAUGGGUUGUUUAAGGUCAUUCCAUUCGAUAAUAAAGGCCAGUUGAAGGAAGCAUUUAACAUAAGGCUUGAGGAACUUCAAGUUUUGGACAUCAAAUUUCUUUAUGGUUGUCCAAAGCCUACAAUUGUUGUACUUUACCAGGAUAACAAGGAUGCUCGACAUGUUAAAACAUACGAGGUCGCUUUAAAAGAUAAAGACUUCAUUGAGGGUCCUUGGUCACAGAACAACCUUGAUAAUGGGGCAGAUUUACUAAUACCUGUGCCACCACCUCUUUGUGGUGUCCUAAUCAUUGGGGAAGAAACUAUUGUGUACUGCAGUGCCUCUGCAUUCAAAGCUAUCCCAAUCAGACCUGCCAUUACAAGAUCCUAUGGGAGAGUUGAUGCUGAUGGUUCGAGGUACUUGCUAGGUGAUCAUAAUGGGCUUCUUCACCUACUUGUUAUUACCCAUGAAAAGGAGAAAGUUACUGGUUUGAAAAUUGAGCUCCUUGGGGAAACUUCUAUUGCUUCGACGAUAUCAUAUCUUGAUAAUGCGUUUGUAUAUGUUGGGUCAAGUUAUGGAGAUUCACAGCUCAUAAAACUAAAUCUCCAGCCUGAUGCGAAAGGUUCUUAUGUAGAAGCUUUAGAAAGAUAUGUAAAUUUAGGGCCAAUUGUGGACUUCUGUGUGGUAGAUUUAGAGAGGCAAGGUCAAGGUCAAGUUGUAACUUGCUCAGGAGCCUUCAAAGAUGGUUCCCUUCGAAUAGUACGCAAUGGAAUUGGGAUCAAUGAACAGGCAUCAGUAGAACUUCAAGGCAUUAAAGGAAUGUGGUCAUUACGAUCAGCUACCGAUGAUCCAUUUGACACAUUUUUGGUGGUUAGCUUCAUCAGCGAGACUCGAAUUUUGGCAAUGAAUAUUGAGGAUGAGUUGGAAGAGACUGAAAUAGAGGGGUUUUCCUCUCAAGUUCAGACAUUGUUCUGCCAUGAUGCUGUUUAUGAUCAACUCGUACAGGUUACCUCAAGCUCUGUAAGACUGGUCAGUUCAACUUCUAGGGAGCUUCGAAAUGAGUGGAAAGCUCCACCAGGCUACUCGGUCAAUGUUGCAACUGCUAAUUCCACUCAGGUUUUAUUAGCUGCUGGCGGUGGCCAUUUGGUUUACCUGGAAAUUGGUGAUGGGAUACUGAAUGAAGUUAAACAUGCACAACUGGAGUAUGAUGUGUCAUGUCUUGACAUAAACCCCAUCGGUGGUAAUUCCAGCUACAGUAGCCUAGCUGCAGUUGGAAUGUGGACUGACAUAAGUGUUAGGAUCUUUUCUCUUCCUGAUCUGAACCUCGUUACCAAGGAACAUUUAGGAGGAGAGAUAAUACCUCGUUCAGUUCUUUUAUGUACGUUUGAAGGGAUUUCUUACUUGUUAUGUGCGCUUGGAGAUGGACAUCUUCUUAACUUUUUGUUGAACCUGACAACUGGUCAGCUAACGGAUAGGAAAAAGGUGUCUCUCGGGACCCAACCAAUUACCCUACGAACUUUCUCAUCGAAGAGUACUACACAUGUUUUUGCUGCCUCAGACAGACCAACUGUCAUUUACAGCAGCAAUAAGAAACUGCUCUACAGCAAUGUGAACCUAAAAGAAGUUAGUCAUAUGUGCCCUUUCAACUCUGCCGCUUUCCCUGACAGCCUUGCAAUUGCAAAAGAAGGUGAGUUGACAAUAGGCACGAUUGAUGAUAUUCAGAAACUUCACAUUCGUUCGAUCCCACUUGGGGAACAUGCACGUCGUAUCUGUCAUCAAGAGCAAUCUCGGACUUUUGCCUUGUGCAGUGUAAAGUACAACCAGUCUAGUGCAGAAGACACAGAGAUGCACAUUAUACGCCUGUUAGACGAUCAGACUUUUGAGUUCAUAUCAAGUUACUCACUUGACCAGUUUGAAUAUGGUUGCUCCAUUCUGAGUUGCUCGUUCUCGGAUGAUAAUAAUGUCUAUUAUUGCGUUGGGACUGCAUAUGUUAUGCCAGAGGAGAACGAACCAAGCAAGGGGAGAAUACUGGUAUUCCUAGUCGAAGAUGGAAAGCUGCAGUUGGUUGCAGAGAAAGAAACCAAGGGUGCUGUUUACUCCCUAAAUGCCUUCAAUGGUAAACUGCUUGCUGCUAUCAAUCAAAAGAUUCAGUUAUACAAAUGGAUGCUUCGUGAUGAUGGUACCCGUGAGUUGCAAUCUGAAUGUGGGCAUCAUGGACAUAUACUUGCUCUAUAUGUACAAACUCGAGGAGAUUUUAUUGUUGUUGGCGACUUGAUGAAAUCUAUAUCUCUGCUGAUUUAUAAGCACGAGGAAGGUGCUAUUGAGGAGCGAGCCCGUGACUACAAUGCUAAUUGGAUGACAGCUGUCGAGAUUCUCGAUGAUGACAUUUACCUUGGCGCUGAGAAUAAUUUUAACCUUUUCACAGUCAGAAAGAACAGUGAAGGUGCCACUGAUGAAGAGCGGAGCCGUCUUGAGGUGGUUGGUGAAUACCAUCUUGGCGAGUUUGUUAAUCGGUUCAGACAUGGUUCCCUUGUCAUGCGAAUGCCAGAUUCAGAUGUUGGCCAGAUUCCAACCUGCAUUUUUGGAACUGUUAAUGGUGUCAUUGGGGUAGUUGCCUCACUUCCUCAAGAUCAGUACAGUUUCUUAGAUAAGCUUCAGUCUAAUUUGAGGAAGGUAAUAAAGGGCGUUGGAGGAUUGAGUCAUGAACAAUGGCGAUCUUAUUCUAGCGAGAAGAAAACUGCAGAUGCUAAAAAUUUCCUAGAUGGGGAUCUGAUCGAAUCAUUUCUUGAUCUUAGCCGAAGUAAAAUGGAAGAGGUUUCAAAGGCUAUGACUGUACCGGUGGAGGAACUUAUGAAGAGAGUAGAGGAGUUAACCAGGUUGCAUUAAUGUUGCUGCUUGAUUCUAUGUCUGCUUAGUUGACUUUUUUCUUUUCUCUUUGCUAAAUUUGUCUUUUUUUUGCUUGUGAGGUCUGUAAUUUACUUUGUUAAACAUGCAACAUCUUUACAUUACUGUACGCUCUGUAAGUGUAUGCUGUUUUUUUAUAGAUUUCUUUUAUUGUA